AUGAAACAUGGCUUUCUUACAUGCAACCUAGCACUUAUUAUCGAUGAAACCGAUAAUGAUGAACCAAAAAAUCCGAUUUUAAAGGAAAUGGCUGAAGAUAAGGGAUUGCACUUUAGUGUGGAGUGUCUGGAUGGUUCUGCUAUUCUUCAUGUACAGCUAGUAACAAGGAAGAGAGAAGAGAAUUACAUUUGCACCUUAAUUUACGAAUAUUUGUUAUCUGUUUUGGUGUUCGAUUGGGUGAAAGGAAUUAAAAUUGCUUCUCUUUCUUUUUCAAAACAUGAACCAAAAGAAUGUGCUAAAUUUCCUUCAGUUAGAAAGAGUUAUGAAAAAGAAAAAUGUUGCACUGUUGAUGAUCAUUCGCUUUCGGAUAAUGGAAAAUCUGGUAGUGUUGCUUCAACUGAAGAAACUCCUUGUGACGAGUCUAAGGGUGGUAUUGCUGUUAAUGGCCUUAUUUCAAGUGAAGAAAAUAAUCUUAAUGAAGAGUUUGAGUAUUUCUCCGCAGAGGAUGAUUUUAGUUCCAAACUUCAACGAGUCAAACCAAUAUUCGACUCCAAAAUAAUGAAGGAGAACAUCUAUUUUGCACUACUUUAUUACAAGCCACCAGAGAGCACUGAUUCACACAUUUCCACAGAAUCCUGUGUUUCGAAUAGAUCUCCUAAUACCAAUUGUACAGAAUUCUCUACUACUGAGCAACAAAGUGUUAACAAUUCAACAUCCCCAACAAGAAUGUUAUCUUCACAUAAUCUCUCCUCUGCAUCAACUUCAAGUAGUGGUGGCAACUAUGCUCCAACAAAGGGACAGAAUGUUCUCCAACGUUCAAAGGCCAUUCUCUCAGAUGUUACCAAUUUUAAUUAUUUUGACAAGUUCAAGAAUGCUGUAUAUGAGGGAAAGAGUAAGGCACAAACAUCUAGUGGCUCUACUACAAGUAAGAAAGUGGGAGGUAGUACUAAGAAGGGAAGAAAACAUUGA